ACCCUUCAAAACAAGAAUGCCAUCUCCUCUGGGGUCCCCACACCUAUCCCUCAGGGACUCCAAGACCACUAUUGAGGAGACUGAGGCGGCACGACUCAGAUUCCGGGGUUUCUGCUAUGAGAAGGUAGAGGGGCCCCGAGAGGCCCUGUCCGGCCUUCGAGAGUUGUGUCACCAAUGGCUGCAGCCUGAGUCCCGCUCCAAAGAGCAGAUGAUAGAAUUGCUGGUUUUGGAGCAGUUCCUUGGUGUGUUGCCCUCUGAGAUCCAGGCCUGGGUACGGGGGCAGCGACCAGGAAGCCCUCAGGAUGCUGCGGUCCUGGUUGAGGGGCUGCAACAUGAUCCUGGGCAGCUGCUGGGCUGGAUCACAGCCCACAUCCUGAAGCCAAAGAUGCUUCUUACAGUCCAGCAGACAGAGGAAUCUUCAGGGAGCCACCAUGUCUCAGUUGCAAUGGAGUCCUCUGAGGCAGGCCCUUCAGAGUUACUACGGAAUUCUGGGAUAGACAGAUCUACCCAGAUCAAUUGCAGUGUGAAGGAAGAAGCCAAUGCUGAUGGGCAGGAGAUGGUCCCAAGCCCCCUCCUUCUAGCCCAGGCCCCUGGGGAACAUGUUGAACACCAGGAACCAGCCUCCACAUCCUCCUACCCAGAAAGGAUCCAGCAGGAGCGGGGCCCGUUGGACUCAUCACAAAAGGAGCUGUACUGGGGCGUGAUGCUGGAGAAGUAUGGCACACUGGUGUCCCAGGCAAGCCUGCCGCUGCUAGAGCCAAAUAUACAUGUUGAGUCUGAGCUGAGGCCAAAACAGGAGACCCCACAUGCAGGACCGGAGUCCCUCAGGAGCCAUCUCCCCGAAGUGGGAGCCAUUGCAGGUCCAGAGCUAGUUCAAGCCUGCACAUCCUCUCCAAGUGAGAGCCAGAGCCUUUGCAAGGACCCUUCAGGCCUGUCUCCCACACCACUGCUUGAAGCCCCUGCUAGGCCUACACCUCGGAAGCUGUACACUUGUGAGCAGUGCGGCCGCAGCUUCGAUUGGAAGUCCCUUUUUAUCAUUCACCAUCGCACACACCUGGGUGAGUCAGGCCUGGAAAGGCCACCACAGGUGUCCCGGGAGCCGGCCAUUCGGCACUCCACUGGCCUUCCUGGCUAUGUGUGCGUGGAGUGUGGGCGCAGCUUCAGCUGGAAGUCACAGCUUGUCAUUCACCGCAAGAGCCAUGUAGGCCAGCGGCGACACUUCUGCCGGGACUGUGGGUGCGGCUUUGACUGGAAGUUUCAGUUGGUCAUUCAUAGGAAGAUCCACCAGCCAGAGGGCCCAUGAGCAACUGGAGAAAGCUCUCACCUUGGGAGGCCCAG